AUGGCACUGAAGGGAACAGUGCUCCCUGAGGGAUGCACACCAGCCUUGGAUUCUGGUGCAAAUGGCAGGGAUGAACUGGAAUCAGAGAAGGAGGUCACCUUCUAUGAAGACAAGAACUUCCUGGGCCGUUACUACGAGUGCGACAGCGACUGCCCCGAUUUCCACAGCUACCUGAGCCGCUGCAACUCCAUCCGUGUGGAUGGGGGCACCUGGGUGGCCUACGAGAGACCCAACUAUGCUGGGAACAUGUACGUGCUGAGCCACGGGGAGUACCCCGACUACCACCACUGGAUGGGCCUCAACGACCGCCUGGGCUCCUGCAAGUACAUCCAGAUCCCAAGCGGAGGCCGAGGCCACAUCCAGGUGUUUGAGAAGGGAGACUUUGGCGGGCAGAUGUUCGAAGCCACUGAAGACUGCCCCUCCAUCAUGGAGGAGUGGCACAUGCGUGAGGUGCACGCCUGCAGGGUGCUGGAGGGCGUCUGGGUGUUCUACGAGCAUCCCAACUACCGGGGCCGGCAGUACGUGCUGCCCAAGGGGGAGUACCGCAAGCCCGUGGAGUGGGGUGCGGCCAGCCCCGCCGUCCAGUCCUUCCGCAGCAUCUCCGAGUGAGGCCGCCCCGCGAGCGGGCUGCACAACCCCCCAAUAAAGCAACUGAGUCGCUCAGC